ACAAUGUUGACCACUCCUUCCUUUGUAGCUCUGUCGAUCUUCUCAUAUUCUUACUCUUGUGGUGUUGUUCAAGAUAAGCCUUCGAUCCGCUUCUUCUCUCUUAUUUCCCAACCCUAGCUAGCUCCUUCUCCCCUACAAUUCUCAUUUCUUGAGACCGUCCACAAGAAGAAUUAAAGGCACAGUAAAUAGAUUGACAUGGAUCAAAAUAACAUGGUGGGAGUCGAAGACCCAGAUGACGCAAAGGGAGUGAGAGUGCCACAGCCCCCAAAUCCAUCGCCAUCGCCUUCCUCACUGUCUACUCUCCGUUCUGUCCGUAAACGAUCGGCGACGGCGGCGAAAACAUGGAAAAAACCGAUGCCGAUGCCACCACCGCCUAAGGUCUACAGGGUGGACUCCAUUAACUUCAGGAAGGUAGUCCAGCAGCUCACCGGUGCAAACGGGUUCCGGUCUCGACGUCUCCACAGUGUGGCCCCACCGCCGCUCGAUCUGUUCACACCACCAUCGCAUUCUGAUUAUACUUGCAAAUCCAGAACGCAGAAAGAGUCGUUUAUCACUGGAGAACGAGAAGGUUCUUUUUCAACAUCAUUGUCGUCUUCUACGAUACCAGCACCAGGAAACUCGUAUAUGAGUAACGGUUCCUUCAGACCAUUCGGUUCUCCGGCGAGGCCUCCGUCUUAUGUAGCAUGGUCCCCUUCUUUGCCUGUUCUAAGCCCAGGUACUCUGGCAUCUUUUGAGCAGAGUAGCACUAUUCUUCACUAGUGUUUUCUCUUCUCCUCGUCCUUUUGACUUGUUCAUCAUCGCUUCCAUCCAUCACAGUUUUCUUAAGCACAUAAUUAUGUACCGUACUAAGAGUUAACAGUUGAAACUCGAAAUGGAUCAUGCUUUUUCAUGU